CAGAGGACGAUAACUAGCCGUCAACAUUUCCAAUAAAAUCCACGAGCGACUCCUCCCCGGCAGCAACCUGAAGCAUUAUAGUUUAGUGACAACCUCGUAGAAGAGCUCAUGGAGAAUCGCAUGACCAUGUCCACCGUUGAAGAGGCAGGAGAGCAGAGGAGCAGCCUGGAUGCUCUGCAACUCGCGGGCGCCUCUGUUCUCCCCAUGGCUCUGAAGACGGCGGUCGAGCUCGGGGUGCUCGAUAUCAUCCACAGGGCAGGUCCCGGAGCGGAGCUCUCCGCUUCUCAGAUUGUCUCCAAGCUCGACAGCAAGAACCCGAGAGCUGCCUACUUGCUUGAUCAUAUGCUCUGCCUCCUCGCCACCCACUCCGUCCUGACCUGCUCUGUGUCCCCCGCCCAUCAGUCCGACGGAAGUCAAAGUCAGAGCUGCCAGAGGGUUUAUGGGCUAGCCCCUGUUUCUAAGUACUUCAUCAAGGACGAACAAGGAGGGUCUCUGUCUCCUCUGCUGCACUUGAUUCAGCACCGGGUUGUCCUGGAUAUGUGGUUUCACUGGAAGGACGCAAUCUUGGAAGGGGGGCUUCCAUUUGAAAAGGCACACGGGAUGAGUACGAUGUCGUAUAUCCACAAGGAUGCCAGAUUCGGCGAGAACUUCUGGGAAACGAUGAAUGAUUUGAACAAGCUGUUCGUGGUCCAGAUGUUGGAAGCCUACAAGGGAUUCGAGGGCUUGAGGUCAUUGGUCGAUGUGGGAGGUCGCGAUGGGUCUGUUCUUAAAAUGAUCAUCUCCAAGUACCCGUCGAUUAAGGGCGUCAACUUUGACUUGCCGUCGGUGAUCGAAAAGGCGCCCUCUAUUGAAGGAGUUGAGAAUGUUGGUGGAGACAUGAUUCAAGGCGUUCCGAAAGGCGAGGCCAUUUUAAUAAAGUGGGUACUCCACUCUUGGACCGACGAAGAGUGCGUGAAGGUAUUCAAGAACUGCCACGAAUCCUUGCCGGAGAAUGGGAAAGUGAUGGUGGUUGAUUUCGUGAUUCCUGAAGCGCCCGAUGCCAGCCUCGCCGUCCAGAGCGUGUUUCAACUGUGCAUGUUCAUGCUUAGCAUGAAUCCUAAUAGGAACGAGAGGACGGAGAAGGACUUCGAUUCUCUGGCAAAAGCAGCCGGGUUCGCGGGCGUUCGAGUUUUUCCCUGUGGUUACGGAUUCUCCCUCAUCGAGAUAUACAAAAACUGAGAUGAUCUGUGGUUAGAAUACAUCUGAUUCCAAAUCCUACUGGUUUGGAGUUAUUCCUUCUUUAAUUAUCUUCAUCUUAGAAUAAAUAAAUGAGAGUUUCUGAUGAUCAUCUUAGAAUAAAUAAUGAGAGUUAUUCCGUGGUUUGGGUAAAGUUUAUAAUCUCUAUAUCCGGAUUUUAAUGUACUUCUUUCUGUCCUAAACUUUAGGUUUCCAAUUUUCGUUUAA